AUGAAACUUAAUACUCAAUUACCUCCAAAGCAUAAUUUUAAUGCUUCAUUCAAUUAUGAUUGGGAUGUAAUGAAUAAGAAAAGAGAAAUUGAAAUGCUUAGACCUCGAGAAAUUUGUCCCAAACGCAAUCACUCAUUUCAUACUAGUUCAAAUGAUUGUGAUAAAUCAAUAUAUAAUCGUUCUUUUGAGAAAUCAAUGUAGGAAACAGAAAAAGUAAGUUCAAGAAUGCAAAAUGAAUUUGGCUAAUUAAAGACUUUAAUUUAGAAAAGACGUGAUGAGAUUGAAAAAUAAUAAAGACAAUAAGAUCUUAAACUUUCUAUAUCGAUUCCUUAGUAAUCAAUAAAAGAAGAAAUAAAAAAAUAAAAAGAAGAAACCCCUUAAUUCAAUUACUAUUAAACUUUCAAGCCGAUUUUUGCAAAAUUAAAUUCAUUAAUUGAGAACUCCAAUACUAAAGAAUAGGAUAGAUAAAGAUUAGUGACUUUAUUUGAUUCACUUGAUUAAGAAUCAAUUAAAAAAAACAAUGAACCAGAAUAAAUGUUUUAAUUAGUAGAAUAACUAGUCAAAGAAUUUGUAAUUCCAACUUUAGAAUAAUAAACUCCAACUCAAUAGAAUUCUAAAAGAAGUUAUCUACAAACCCAAUCUUCAAAUUUUAUUAAAUAAUUACCUUCUCACUAGUAAAUACCUAAAUCUAUAGAAUAAUCGAUUAGCUAUAAGAAUGUUUUUGAAUUGCAUUUUCGAAACCCCCUUUAGUUUUAUUAUUAAAUAAAGAAUAAUGAAUGUGGAUAUUAUGAAUAUUGUAUAAGUGAUAAAGUCAUUACGGGAGAAUCAUUAAAUAGUUUUAAUAUCCAAAAAUGUUAAUCAUGUACAUUAACAAAUUCAUAAUCAAAUGUUUAGGUGGAUUAUAGACAAAUAAAAUAGUCUCUGAUUUAAUAAUAAAUAUUUAGUAUUGAUGAAUAAUUUGCACUAGUUCCAAUAAGUCAUUUUGAUAGUAAAGUGAUAUAUGCUCUAAAUUAUCCACCUUCUUAUUGUAAAUAGAUUUAGCAAUACAUUUAAUUAAAUAUUAGCAAUAUAUAAUACAAAUUGGAGUCUGGUUUGAGUAUGUUAAAUAAAGUAGUAAUAUUAUAAUUAAGGAAGAGAAGACGAAUAGUUUUUAUGAGAAUCAAACAAUUUAUGAUUUAAUAUAAGAAGUUAAAAAGAAUAUUUUAAAGAAUGGGAUUUUAAAGAUUGAAAUAGAAUUACUAUUCGAUAAAAUGCUAAAAAAGUAUUAAUAAUAAUCUUAGUAAGUUAAUUCUUUAAGCAGCGAAAUAGGUAAAAAAGGAUUAAAAGAAUAAUAUGACGUAUUUGUUUAUGGUGUUAUAAAAGUAUUAAAGUAGAUUGAAAAGUAAUACAAUAACAUAAUUAAUUGGGAAUGAUGAUUUAAUAAUUAUGCUUUAAGCAUUAUAAUCAGAGAAUUCUCUAGAAAUGUAUUUGUAAUAGGUAGCUUAAUUGAUGGGUGAAAAGUUAGCAGUAUCAAUAUUAAAUAUAGAGAUAUUAUCAUUGACUUCCUAUUUACCUGAAUUCGGAUUAAUAUAAGAGUAUUUUGAAGAUGUUGAUGAUAUCUCAUAGUUUAAUACUCUUUAUUAAUUAACAUUAAAUAUAAAUACUGAAUUAAUAAAUAAUUAAAAUAUAGAAUUUGAGAAUAGACAUAUAUGGAAGGUAAAUGAUGAAAUAUUCUUAAUUACAUCUUCAAAUAUGUAGACCCAUUAUUUGAGUAAAAUAGCACUAAUAUUGACUAAUGGGAUAAAUAGUUUAAGAUAGAAAUAUUUAGAGUUUUUUAAAUUUAUAAGAUUAAGAUAAGAACAAUAUUAAUAGAAGAUGAAGUCUAGAUUUUUGAAUAGGUGGAGAAAUAAUUAAAAUAUUUUAAUAGAUUAAGUAAGAAAUGAACUUGCUAAUUCGAAAUAAGAAUAAGAUUAAUAAUAAAGAUUAAUUUAUUAGUAUGAAUUAGAAUUAUAGAAUAUGUAAAUUUAAAAUGCUUUGAAAUCAAAGUGUUUAAGCAGUGCAAUGUUAGAAAACAUUUUAUCUAGGAGAGAGACUGAAUUAUAAUUAAAGGAGACUUUUUUUAAAUUAUGGAGAAGUAGAAAUAAUAACAUGAGACAUCUUUAAUAGAGAGUAUAAACAGGUUUAUUUUUAUUAGAAUCAGCAGUAUUAAAGAUUGAGAAAUGUUAAUUAGAUAAAGCAUUUAGAGAAAUAGCAUUUUCAUAUACAUAACCAAUUGGUACUAUACCUACAAGUCCAAUAUAAAGAAAUUCUAAAAGAAGUUAUCAUACUAGAGAAUAGACAAGAAGAAGUUAAGAAGAAUUAGAAUAGUCUGUUUUAUGGGAUGUACAUUAAAUGAAGAUUCAUACACCAAAUGGACAUAAGGGAUCAUCUUUAUCACCUAUCACUGCUCACACAAUGAAUCAAUCUUUCCUUAUUGAAAAUGAAUCUUUAUAUCAAUAUCAUUCAUAAAGAUGGUAUGAUUUUAUAAUAUAAUUAGCACUCAAUAGCCCAAAAAAAAGGCUUAGUAGUAGUAAUCAUCACAUUUAGAUUAAGAAAAUGUACAAAUACAGAAUAAAAUCUAUUCUCAAAGGACUAAAGAUUUUGUUCGUAAAAUAUCUUAGCCCAAAUAAUAAUAAUAAAACCAUAGGAGAAUUAAUUCAACAUAACCAGGAAGUUCUUUUUCAUUUUAUGAUUUAUAACAUUGA